AUGGCGCGGCUGGUGGCACCGCCGCCUCGGCAGGUGAUGACUGCUGCCAUUGAGUCCACAAGCUUUGAGGAGGAACAGCUUCCUAAUAAGAGAGAAACUAUCACCUGGAAGCCCAGAAAAGAAUGUUUGCUGAAGAAUAUUCCAAAUGUCCUUGAUAGUGAGUCUGAAGAAAGCGAAUUCUCUGAUAUCUCUCACAAUGAAAAUGAUGUCAGUGGCUCUCCUGUUGACUCUGUUGAUCUACAUGCUGACCUGGAAGACUUGGGUGGUGAAGUCUCCACUAUGCCUGAGGCUGUAACUUUUCCAGAGCUGCAAACUGCUUCUGUGUAUGAGGUGGAGGACUGGGAUAAAGAAUUGGAGGACUCUGAAUGUAAUCCUUAUGAUGCUGGCGAUCUCCACUGUGGAAGCUUUCAGGAAAAUAAUCUUUUGGCCUCAUACUCAUGGCGAGAGGAUUCAUUUUACAACCCAGGCUGUCACCAUGCAGCUUGCCUUGCUUUUACGCCACCAGUUAGAAUGACUGAGACUGGCCAGUUUGAUGAUGCUGAUGAAUGAGGUUGACCCUGCUCAGAACUAAGUUUGGCUUCUGAGUUGGAUUAUGUUCUUCACCGAUUGAGUGAUGUCAAGUCCUUUUCCUUGCUUGCAGAGUUCUGCGUAAGGCCAGAAAUGCUACACCAUCUCUGAAGUUUUGCUUAGACUGCUUCUGAGCUUUAUAAAUUGACCACGCUUGACCUCUGGAAAUAAGAGUGCAGGUGCUAGCUGUAAGGAGUCAAUGCCUUUCUGGACUUUUUGGUUGUAUUAUAUAGACCUAUAUUGUUGCUAAUGAAUUGCUUGAGAGGAAGUAUUUAAUUUCUAAACUUCAGCUUGUUUGCCAAGCUUUGCCAGUUUUGACAUGCUGAUCCCUGUGUGUCUAUGUAACUUGCAGUUUUCUUUCCUUUUCAUUUGAUGCUGUCAAAUUGGUUGAUAGCUUUAAAAACUCUUCCUCCUUCCAGCUUCUCUGUUGUAUUUCUAUGUUUCAGUUUGUGAUUCCAUAUCUAAUACUGGUGUUUAACAA